AUUUAUAGUUACAGAAUAUGUUUAUAUUUUUGGCAUAAUUUUUUAAAAAGCUGUUAUGUUUUUAUGAUUAAAAUUUUUCCUGGAAUUGUGAUAUGGGUCAAAAUGACGACAACCUUCAUGCGUCUGUGGCACAUAUUGUUUUGUGUUGCGUGGCCGGUAGAGGAAUUAGCCGUAUGCAUGGGAAGAGCUUCACGGAUCCCGGCAUGCAUGCAAACUUCUUCAUACACGGAGUUUUAGGAUUCCUUCAUUAUCAAAGUGGAAGAUUCAACAAUGAUUUUAAUGCAGCCUACAUACUGAGUUACAAAGCUACCCGCUACUUAGCUCUACCGUGUCUUAUGGCUGAUCUGUACAGAGGGAAUCAAAGUUUAAGCACGAUCCAUCUUGUUUCUGGUCUAAUUCCCUUCACUAUGGCUUUGGCGGGAGAAGAAAAUGUACAAUUGGGGAAUUUGGCGAUUGCUUGCAAUAUUAUGUCUCUAUGUCAUUACUCUAUGCAAAAUAACAGAGAAUGGGGCUGGUACACGGCCGGGGCAGCUCUUUUCGCUUAUUUUUUGACACCUCAGAUGGGAGGACCUAAAGUUUUGUAUCCAUUAGGGUUGGCUCUGAUGGAAUACUGUGCGUAUAGAUUAUUUCAUAUACAUUACGGUACGACAACGCAAUGAGGCAUUAAAAUUUAUUAAAUUGG